CAAAUUGGAAGUUCUUUUUCUUUUCUUUUUAGUAUAAUACUAAUAAUAAUAGAGGGGUAUAGAGCAUAGAAAUGAUACUUUUAAUCUCUCUCUCUCUCUCAUUCAUCAAAUUAGUAGGAGGAAACUAUAACCGAUGGAGGAGACAAGAAGACCUUUUCUUCUACCUUCUUUCCGAUCACUCCCAACCAGGCACAGAUCUAAAUUGCUGCAGCAUAUGCAAGGUUAUGGUCGGAGAGGAACGGGUUUCUUCAACUCGGGCAAUCCCAAGAAGCAGAUUAGAGAUCUUCAAAAAGUUAUAGACUUAUUAAACAAGUCGAUUGAAGAUCAUGCGAAAGAUGAGAAAUACUACCUGGACAUGGCUGCAGACACAUCCAGAGAGCUUGAGGCACUUGGCAAAUCCGUGUUGGAAUCCACAAAAAUGUUUCUUUUGUCAGCUAAGGACAGAGCUCGUCUUGGUAUUAGAUACCAUGCCGGUUGGAUGAUGGUUCUUCGAUAUGAAGUGGAGUACGUCCAAAGACUCCUUAAAAAACAGAUUGAAGCACUGCAGGAUGCAGAGUUUUUCACCGCCCAAAAGACUAGAAGAAGGCUAUCUUGUUUUUGUUCUUUUAACUUUUCAAUCUCUUUUUUUAUAUAAUCUUUUUCUAUCUUUUUGUUUUGUUUUAUACUAACCCCCCAAUCCAUAGAUCAAUAAUGUAUGAAUGGUUUGAUGAAUUAUUUCCUAUAAUAAUCUAUAAUAUGC